AUGACUGACUCGUCAUCGUCGGAGUCACCUCGGUCUACAUCCGAUACUGAGGCUCGAGCCGAGCCUUCGGAUCCCAAGACACACGUGCUUCCAGGACCGUACAGGUGGGACGUACUUAGGAGGCGCACGCAACGCACACAUGUUUCACAGAUUGUGUGGAACGAGGAGAAGUGUCACCAGUGCAAGACUAGACGAGACUACCUGCAGCAGGCUGGCUUCCUACAUGUCGCCCGCAUGGGACAUAUUCAGAUUGAUCCCAUGCUGAUUAGUGCUCUGGUGGAGAGGUGGAGACCAGGGACACAUACCUUCCACAUGACCCAGGGCGAGAUGACCAUUACGUUGCAGGAUGUUGCGGCUAUAUUGGGAUUGCUGACUGAUGGGAGAGUGGUUACGGGUGCUACAUCCACGAACUGGCGGGUCCUGUGCGAGGAGGUGCUUGGUCACGCCCCGCUUGUUUCAGAGCAGUCGUACGAGGACGUUAAGCUCGCAUACUUAGAUAGACAUUAUGCGCAUUGGGGCGCAGUGGCUGCGGAUGCACAACAGGUUAUAUUUUCACUAAGCGUCGUCAGAUGUCGCUACAUUGCGUUGCUUGCAGGAGAUUUUGGAGACAUUGGACAAUACAGUUUGGGAUCUGCUGUUCUCGCACAUUUGUUUAGACAAAGGUGCGAGCUUACUGACCCGCGCAGAUCAGACAUGGGUGGGUGUCAUAUACUACUGCAGAUAUGGGCGUGGACCAGGUUUCCACCUAUUGCCCCUCCUCUUCCUCAGCCUACUCACCCGGAGUGGCAUUUCGGGCACCGAUAUGAUCAUUCAAGCAAUUGUGGUCUCCACCCCAUUUAG